AUGGCUGCGUCGUCCGAGAAGAAAUGCGACAUCACUGUCGGAUCAUGGGUUCCUUCGUCGAAGUAUCCGCAGUAUCAGAACGACUGUCCGUACAUCACGGAUAACUUCAACUGCGUUAAGAACGGACGGCCGGAUGGCGACUUCCAGCACCUCGUCUGGAAACCCAACGGCUGUGAUAUGACCUUAUUCGAUCCCAAGUCAUUUGCGGCUCGGUUCGUGGGCCAAGCGGUUGCUAUAGCGGGUGACAGCACCGGACAGUACCUCUACCAAUCCCUGAGGUGCCGGAUCAGCCAACACUACACUACAGAGGACUGGGAUCCGAAACUCGCUGGGUGGACGGGCCAGGGCUUUAAGGUGAAGCUGCUGGGCACGCGAGUCAUUCUGGUGGAUACGCCCUUCCUCAUGGAGUCAUGGCCGGAUGUGGAGGGCGAGUCCAAGGCCUCUCACCUCUGGCACCCCUGA